AAAUAAGUAACAUUUGCAUUAUUAGAAUGACUAUGAAAACAGAAAGAGAAAAACAAGAAACCAAAAGCUAAAGAGAGAGAAAAAAAGAAAGAAAGCGAGAGAGAGAGAGAGAGAGAGAGGAGGAAGAUCAUUCCUCCAAUUACCCUCUCUCUACUUUUACGGGGAGAAAUCACAAAAAUUAGUGGGAAUCAACGAAAGAGAAGAUUGGAAUUGAUGAAAGUUACACUGCCAAAAAAAAAAAAACACGUUUUCUGAUAAACAAGAGUCAGAAUUUAAGCAAUCCGAUUAAUCGGUGAGAGAGAAGGAGAAGAAGGAGAGAUUUUUUUUUCUUUCUUCGCGGGUGGUUUCCGGUUGAGAGGUCCGGUGGAUUUUUUUUUGGCAGUCAUCUCUUAUAAUCUUUCCCGAUUACACCAUUGAAUCAAUCGAAAAUCUGGGAUUGUUUUAAGGUGACAGCAACCAAAUUAAUCAUCUUGUUCGUUGUAUUUAGCUGGAGAGUGGAGACCCAUUUCUGAGAUUAUUCAAUUGUUAUCGAUUUCAAAAGAAAAAUUUGAAAUUUGGAAAACUUUCCUGUAAAAGUUUUCGGAUUUUGGGUUUUCUGGAUUGAUUGAAGAGAUGCAGAAUCAUCUGUUCACGACAAUGCGAAGUUUGAAGCUAAUCGAAGGAUGUAAAGGCACGCAGGUGUACGCUCUCAAUACUUCGGCUCCUCCUCCGCCGCCACCUCCUCCGGCUAGCGGUGGUGGCGCCGGAGGAGGUGGAGGAGUCGGGGAAAAGUUGCUACAGCACCUCCAGGACCAUCUUCGUGUUAACUCGAUCCGAUCCAAAACCAGCCGGACUUAUCCACCGUCGAAUCAAACAAACGCCGUCGUUUCGCCGGACUCUCUUCUCCCUUACGGACUCCCCGUCGCCGAUCUGCUCGAGCCGCAGAUCGAUCCUUCCCUCAAAUUCGUCGAUUUGAUCGAGAAGCUCGCGGAAAUCUACCGUCGGAUCGAGAAUUGCUCGGAAUUCGAGAAAUCCGAGGCUUAUUUAGAGCAAUGCGCAAUAUUCCGGGGGUUAUCCGAUCCGAAACUUUUCCGGCGGAGUCUCCGAUCAGCUAGGCAACACGCCGUUAACGUCCACACGAAAGUCGUAUUAGCCUCUUGGCUCCGAUACGAGAGGAGAGAAGACGAGCUGAUUGGGACAACCGCCAUGGAUUGCUGCGGCAGAAAUCUGGAAUGCCCCAAAGCGACUCUCGUUCCCGGGUACGACCCGGAAUCCGUCUACGACCACUGCGUCUGCUCCGGCGCCGCCGCGUCGAGAUCAGAAAUCAACGAUGAUGAUGUUGCUCCAGAGUGUUCGACAUCGGAGGAAGACUACGACAUGUCCUUCUGUAUCGGCGAUGAUGAAGUUCGCUGCGUGAGGUACAAGAUCGCGUCUUUGUCGAGACCCUUCAAGGCAAUGUUAUACGGCGGCUUCAGAGAGAUGAAACGAAGCACGAUCAACUUCACACAGAACGGAAUCUCCGUGCAAGGGAUGAGAGCCGCCGAGGUUUUUAGCAGGAUCAAAAAAGUCGACGUCUUUCCUCCUAACGUCGUCUUGGAGCUCCUCUCGUUGGCGAACCGGUUCUGCUGCGACGAGUUGAAAUCAGCUUGCGACUCGCAUUUGGCUCGUCUCGUGACUGAUCUCGACGAUGCGGUGUUGUUGAUCGAAUACGGGUUAGAAGAAGCUGCUUACCUUCUUGUGGCUGCUUGUCUUCAGGUGUUUCUUAGAGAGUUGCCGAGCUCUAUGCAUAACCCGAACGUUGUCAAGAUCUUCUGUAGCGGUGAGGGACGGGAGAGACUGGCCUGUGUUGGUCAUGCUUCGUUCACGUUGUACCUCUUCUUAAGCCAGAUCGCUAUGGAAGAUGAUAUGAAAUCAAACACAACGGUCAUGGUCUUGGAGUGUUUGGUUGAAUCCGCGGUUGAGAAUUGGCAGAAACAGCUUGCCUAUCACCAGUUAGGAGCUGUGAUGCUUGAGAGGAAAGAGUAUAAAGAUGCUCAGAGAUGGUUCGACUCAGCGGUUGAGGCAGGUCAUGUUUACUCACUCGUUGGUGUAGCCAGGUCUAAGUAUAAGCGCGGGCAUCGUUACUCGGCUUAUAAGAUCAUGAACUCGUUGAUCUCGGAUUGCUCAGCUACAGGUUGGAUGCAUCAGGAGAGGUCCUUGUACUGCAGCGGCAAAGAGAAGCUGCUCGAUAUAGACAUUGCUACCGACUUGGACCCGACUCUGACUUUCCCUUACAAAUUCCGAGCGGUGUCGUUGGUCGAGGAGAGUCAGUUUGUGGCCGCGGUCGCGGAGCUGAACAAGGUUAUGGGGUUUAAGGUCUCUCCUGACUGCUUGGAGAUGAGAGCGUGGAUCUCUAUAGCUAUGGAGGACUAUGAAGGUGCUUUGAAAGAUAUACGAGCGCUUUUGACAUUGGAGCCGAACUUCUUGAUGUUCAACAAGAAGAUCCAUGGCGAUCACAUGGUGGAGCUCCUCCGCCCGCUGGUCCAGCAAUGGAACCAGGCUGAUUGCUGGAUGCAGCUCUAUGAUCGUUGGUCUUCUGUUGAUGAUAUCGGAUCUCUUGCUGUUGUUCAUCAUAUGUUGGCGAAUGAUCCAGGGAAGAGCCUCCUGCGUUUUAGACAGUCUCUUCUUCUCUUAAGGCUAAAUUGUCAAAAGGCGGCGAUGCGUAGCCUUAGGCUGGCUCGAAACCAUUCAAAGUCGGAGCAUGAGAGGCUUGUGUAUGAAGGAUGGAUACUGUAUGACACAGGGCACCGUGAGGAAGCACUGGCCAAGGCCGAGGAAUCCAUUUCAAUACAAAGAUCUUUUGAAGCGUAUUUCCUCAAAGCUUAUGCUCUUGCAGACUCUACGCUCGACCCUGAGUCUUCGAAGUAUGUGAUCCAGCUUCUUGAAGAAGCACUUCGGUGUCCAUCAGAUGGUCUUCGAAAGGGACAAGCUUUGAACAACCUGGGAAGUGUAUAUGUUGACUGUGAUAAGCUGGAUCUUGCAGCAGAUUGUUACACGAACGCGCUAAACAUCAAGCACACACGAGCUCACCAAGGCCUAGCUCGCGUGUACCAUCUGAAAAACCAGAGGAAAGCUGCGUAUGAUGAGAUGACAAAGUUGAUAGAGAAAGCUCAGAACAAUGCAUCGGCGUUUGAGAAGCGCUCAGAGUAUUGUGACCGAGAGAUGGCGCAGAGAGACCUAAGCAUGGCCACACAGCUAGAUCCUCUCAGAACUUACCCUUACCGAUACAGAGCCGCAGUUCUGAUGGACGACCAUAAAGAAACAGAAGCCAUUGAGGAGCUAUCAAGAGCCAUAGCCUUUAAACCUGACCUACAGCUUUUACAUCUACGAGCAGCGUUCUUCGAUUCAAUGCGUGAACCCGCAGAUGCUAUCAGAGACUGUGAAGCAGCUCUGAGUCUUGAUCCAAGCCACACGGAUACUAUCGAGCUGUAUCACAAAGCACGUGAGCCACAUUCAUAGACAAACCCGUCUGCAAAUCUUACUUCCUUCCUACACUAGGGCAAGAGCUUCUUUCCUCUGAAACCACAGAUACUUGUAUGCUUCUAUGCCGUUUCAUAUCCAUUCUAAUGGGAGACUAAGCUUGGUUCUUUUUUUGUGAUCAAGAAGUUUUGAUACAAGGAAUUGGAAACAAACCAAAGGAGCAGCAACAUAGAAUGUAAAUAUAAACUUUAUACUUUGGGGUUUUGUGAUUGAUUCUGGUUUAAUUAGUGCAGAGUGUUUUCUGGACAACGGGAACACGAGAAAAGAUUGUUUCACUUCGUGUUGCUUCUUUCUUCUUUUGUUUAUUUUGUAAUGUGUAAUUGUAUCUGUAACUUCAUUUUUCUCAUGUUUGUUGUAUUGAUUAUCAGACACCUGAGAUUUUUGUUCCCUCUUUCAAAACAGGAAACAUAAAAGUGAGUAACGAUCAGUCUUACGUUUGCAGAUGUAGUUUAGUUAAAAAAAAAACAAAAACAAAAAUAGCAACAACAGUGUAAGAACUCGAAUCGCAAAAGUGUAUGAAUUCAUAAA